AUGCUGUUUUGAGUGUGUAGACAGCUCAGCUGUUUGACGUGUUGGCAUUUUAUGGGUGGCUAAAUUACAGUUUUAAAUUUUUGUCAUACUAAUGACAGUCAUUCGAUUGACUCGAAAAGUUCAUUAAUUCUUUGUUGUUGCCCGUAAAUACCUUUAAUGUCGUGGUUCGGCGAAGGAUUGUCAACGUUGAAAGGACAGCUACAGAAUUUCACCAAGGAAGUUCUGUCUGAUGGAGCUGAAGAAGCGAACGAUGAACGAACGCCAGCAUUGCUGGAGUUGAAACAAAAGUGUGACGAACUGGAAGCAUUGUGUGAGGCUCAAAACCUGGAGAUAUCGGCACUGCGUCAACAGAUCUCCCAAUUGCAGAGAGAGCCGCGCGACGGCGCUUCGGAGAUUGCCAAUAAUGAUCAGAAUGAAGCACCCUGGUGGACAGUGGAACACAGGUGUGAUCCCAGUUUUAGCAGUGGUUCCAAAACAGCAGCAUCAGGUGACAGAUCAGACCUGAAUGUCUUGGCUUUGGAGAAGAAACUGAGAGAAAAAGGCGAUGAGCUUGAUAAUCUCAGAGACCAGUUUUACCACUUGCAGAAAGAAAAUGAGAAGUUAAGGUUGCUUUCCACUGAAGUCAGAGGAUCAAAAUGUGCAAACUGUCAGUCACAUGAAAGAAAAUUAAUGGGAGAAGACACAGGACAGCCUAUGGAGCAAAAAGAAGAGAAAUUGAUUGAAUUAGAAGAAAAGCUGAUUGUGUCAACAAGGAGAACCCAAGAACUUGAAACUGAACUACAAUGUAUGUGGGAGCUGUGUCAGAGAUACUUAAUGGACACACAGGUGCAGGAGCUUGAAAAUGUUCUUAAACAGUUGAAGAUGGAAAGAAAUGAUCAUCAUCCAAAUACACUAGUUGAAACUUAUGGCUACCAACAGGAUGUGGUGAGAGGCACAUGGAAGAAAAUUCAGCAAGAAAACAAAGAUUUAAAAUUGAGAAUUGAAGAGUUGGAAUCCUUAAUAUCAUCCAACAAUAAAGGUCUGCAGCAAGAAUUACAAAAUGGAUUCACAGGAAGUGAAAGUGUUAAUAAGAGUGUGAGGAAUUUUUGCAGGAUCGGUCCAAGUGUAAGUGAAGUGAAUGGAACUAUGGGAAAAACAUUAGAAACUUCAGUUCAUCAAUUAGAUGAUGCUUCUUGCAUGGUACAGCAGAAAGAAGAAAAUGCUAUUGCUGCUACUACUACUGCUGCUGAGGAGAUUGCUGAACAUGUUGACACCAAUGCAGCAGGAGCUACACCAAUGGAUAAGAAACAGCAUGAAGGAUAUGCAAAAGCAGAGGCUUUAUUAAAAGAAGAGAAGGAAAAACUCCAGGAAUCAAAUGUCUUCUUGAAGUCAGAAAUGGUAGCCAUGGCAAAAGUCAUUCAAGAUUUGGAAUCCCAACUGGCAGAUAUAAAAGGAGAAAAUGAUUGUUUGAACAACAGUAUUGAGGAACUGGAUAAACAGCAUCAGGCUGCCAUAGAACAAUUGCUGCAUGUCAAGUCAACUCUACAAAAGCAGAAUGACACACUAAAUUGUGAAAUUCAAGAAUUACGAAAGGAGAUGAAAGAAAUGACUCCAAAUGGACACCUGGAGAACCUUCUGAAACAAAAUAAGGCCCUGAAAGAUGAGGUUGAGGAAUUAAAAGCUAACUGUGAUGCAUUAUCAAAGGCAUCCAUUGAAACUCAUAGCUGUGAUAAUGAUAAUAUGGUUUUGGAAGCAGUGAACACUUUUAAAGCAGAAUUGGAUAUGAAGUUGGCAGAAAUAAUUACUCUUGAUAUACCAAAAGACUUUUAUACCAACAGAGACAGCUUGGAUGUUAUAAAUACAGUUGAAGCCUUAGUUAAAAUGUGUAUGGAUUUCAAGUGGAAAAAAGAAACAUUGGAGCGUAAAGUUGUUGAACUGAUGAAAGAGAUAACAGACUCCAAACAGACUUUGAAUGGACAUGAGGAAACCAUAAAAAUGCUAGAAAAUGAGUGUAAACUUUUAAACAGUAGUGUUGAGUCAUUAGUUGAAGAACUUCACGUUUCUAAAAGUGGAACUGAUGAAGUUCUUGCCCCUAUUCCAGAAAACAGUGAAGAAAUUGAAGCCUUAGAACAGAAAAUUACAGCACUUGAAAAUGAAGUUGAUGUGUUGAGAGAAGCUAGGUCUAAUUUGGAAACUGAUGCAGCUAAAUUACGAGAACAUGAAAGCAACCUUGUGAAACAAUUGCAAUCUACAGAGGCAAUGUUACGAAAUCAAGAGAAUAUUCAGAGAGAAGCAGCAAAGUGGCAAGAAAUGGCAGAUGAUGCAAAGAGAGAAAUUAAUGAACUUAGAGACUCGAAACUAACACUUGAGGCUGAAAUUGAUAAAUUAAAAAUCCAUGAACAAACUGUCAGUGAAUUAAGGGGAAAGAAUGAGGUCUUGCGUGAUGAUAUACUUAUGGCAAGAAGCGAAGUUCAGUUGUUGACUGAAAAAGUAGCAGAAUAUGAAAAUUCAAAUUCCGCAUUACGAGAUAAAGUUAUGGAAUUAGAAGAAAAAAUUGCAGCUGCUAACAGGCAAAGCAUAGACGACAAAACUGAGCUUAUGAAAAUGCAGGAACUGCUUAAGGUAACACAAGAUAAAUUAAGUGCAGCUGAAAACAUGUUAAUCAGUAUUGAGACUGAACAUGAUAACCUCAGAAAGGUUGCUGAAUUGAGAGAUGCUGAAAUAACAGGACUGAAAAAGAACUUGGAGGAACUGGAUAAAAUGUCAGAAAGCAUGGCAGAGCUGCGUACUGCUCAUACAACUCUUCAGAAACAUCUAACAGAUAGUGAACAGGAACUACAAAGCAUAAAAAGGCAGUUUGAGAUCAGUGAAAAAUUGAAUAAUUUGCUACAUGAGAAACUUAAUAUAAAAUUUAUGUCUUCUGAAGUUCUAGUGGGUGACGAAGUUGGCCUGCAGAGAAAGUUAACUGAAAUUGAAAAUUGUGGCAGUGCUGACAAACAUUAUAUUGAUCAGCUGAGAAAUGAACUCCACACAAAAGAACUGAAAUUAUAUGCAUUAGAUCAGGAGAUAAGUGCACUGCGGAUGGAGGAAGAGAGAUGGAAAAAAGAUAAGGAAACUUUUGAUGAACUACAAUGCAUGUACCAUGAAAUCUUGUCACAGUUAAACUGUAAGGAAGAAGAGAUCUUGGCUGUAAGAGAGACAUUAGCUGCAAGUGAACAGAUUAAUGCUGUGCUUCACAAGAAGCUUAAUAUUUCAUACAAAGGAAUGGAAGCCCUGCAGCAAGGAGGUCCAUCAGUUCAGCAGAUAAUUCAUGAAAUUGAAAAUGUGAUUGUAAGAGAUGAAAAUGAAUUUAGAAAUCUAAAUAAUGAAUUACAGCAGAAACAAUGUAAAAUUCAGGAACUGGAGUCUCUCAAUGAAAUGCUGAAGAAAGAGAUUACAAAUCAUUUACAAGGACAUUGGGAAAUGGGCUCUCAAAAACAGGCUUUGUCUUCUCAGUCAAAUAUACACAACACUGGAAAUACGGAAGUCUUGAAAUGGAAGGAAGCAGCUUUCAGUGCUGAGCAGCAAGUGGAUAACACAUUACAAUUAAAGUCUGAUUCCUCAAAGGAAUGCCAGAAGCUAUUAAUUGAUGAGCCAAAGAUGCAUGACACAGAACUGGAGAGUGAGAUGUCACAAGAUAAAUUACAGCAGAGGUAUGAGAGCUGUAGAUCCCAUAGUUUGGCUGAUGGUACUGCACAUGCUGAUUUGAUAUUCUUAAAGCAACUGCUUUCUGCAAAAAACAAAGAAUUAAGUGAAAAACAACAAGAAAUAUUUGAACUACAAUUGCAGUGCCAGAGAUUACAGGAUGUAGAAGCUGCACUUACUGUUGCAAGAAAUGAAGCUGCAAAUUGGAAAUCAGAAGUGUAUUCCAUUCAACAGAAACUUCAAGAAGAAAUGAAAUACAAGACUGAGGUGACAUUGCUAACUGAAAAACUGCUAGUUGCUGAAGAAGAACUUACCAGAACAAAAAAGAAACAGAAAGAAUUUGAACAACUGAGGGAGGCCAAACAGGCUCUUGAAUCAAGAUAUGAAGAACUCUGUCAUUCAAAAACAAAAUUAGAGGAUGAAAUGGAGAAACUGAAGGAUAUGGGUAAGUCUAAUCUGUCCAAAAUACACAGUGAUAAAUCAGUGAUAGCCAAUGCGAAGGUUCUGGAUGGUACACAUUUGUCUGCUGCUAGUGCUGAUCAUGUUCAACAUGAGACUGGCCAGUAUAUAACAGAAACAAACAAUUCUACUCUAGGGAGAUCACCUGUAUUAUCAUUGCUCCAGGAAAGAAAUAGUGAAAACAACUUGCUAAAAUUGGAGAACAGUAAAUUGAUUCCAUUAGCUGUGUCAGAUAAGUCAACUGUGUCUAUAGUUCAGGAAAAUAAUGAUGGAUUAAAAGACCAAAUAAGAUUGCAGAAUGAAGAAGUAAUUGGAAUGGCCAAAGAAACCAUUGCAAACCUAUCCAAAAUUAUACAGGAUAAGGAUAUAGAAAUUGAAGGUCUGAAAGGAAAGACAUUACAACUGCAACACGAAAAAGAUGAAUUAGUUAAAACUGUUCACAUAAAACACCAAGAGAAUAUCCAGUAUCACAAUGAGAUUCAGCGUCUGAGUGGCCUCCUGAGCCAAGAAUUGAGGAGAUCCCAGGAGAUACAGCAACAGCACAGAGGACUGGUUAAGCAACAUGAAGACAAGCAGAAAUUAUUGCUGAACACCCAGAAUGAAGUAAUCUCUCUUAAGCAGAGACUGGAGAGACUUGAAGCAAGCUACAUAAGCCAAAGCAGUAAUGCUGAAAUAGAAGGUAAUGCUCCCAUAAGAGAAGGAAACCACACUGACGAACUGAAGUCAAUUAUAGUGAGUAAAGACCAGGUUAUUGAGAAAACUGUUUCAAGGCUGAACAUUUGUGAGCAAGAGCUAGAGUUGAAGCAACAGGAGGUCAAACUUCUCAAAGAUCAGUUGAAUGCUGCUCAUCACACUCAGAGAACUGUUGAUUUUGAAAAGAAUGAUGGUCUCAAGGUUGCAGAAUCUUUUAAUACUCAUCCAAACAAUAUGGUGGGAAAUGAAGCCACAGUGGAACUCCCUGAACAAGCUACGCUUAUAUCUCGAAUACAGGAUAUGGAACAGGAAUAUCAUCGCUUGACAGUCUGUCUUCAUGAGGAACAAGCAAAAACAAAAUAUUUAGAAAAUGAGUUACAGGAAAAGAAGGAAAAAGGAAUAACUUUACAAAAGGAGUUGGAUCGCCUGCGAGAACACUUGGUGACAGUGGAGGAAAGCUAUACUCAGGAGACAUUACGUGCUGAACAACAAGUUCAGAGUCUCCAAGCAAGGUUGAGCAGUGCAGAGGAGAGACUGAAGUGUUCUUCCACAGCAUAUACAUCAGCCAGCAUUCUGGUGAACCAGCAAGUGGAAGCACUGCAGAACCAAAAUCAAACACUAGUACAGCAAAAGGAAGAAGCAUUCUUGUUGUUAUCUACCGCUGAGGACAAAGUUCAGAAACAGGAAGCUGCUUUACGAAAUUUGCAGGCUGUGCUUGAACGUUUUCAGAAAGAUAAAGAAAGAGAAAUAUCUCUUGAAGUAAUGAAAGUUCAAAAGCAACUGCAAGCUUCGGAAAAAAACAAGAAAGAAUUAGUAGAGGAGAUACAAUCUCUGAAGAUGCAGCUGGGAAAGGCUAAUGAAGGGCUCAGUGCAGCAGCAAGGCUCGGAGAGCAACUUGAUAGGAAAACAGAAACCAUAGCUAGUCUGAAAGAGAAAGUGGCAGAACUGACUGAAAAGUUGGAGAAAGCUGAGCAGCUCUCACAGUCUAAAGUGACUGUUGGUGAAAAUAAGAUUGACAGGAACUUGGUGAAGAACUUAAUGCUUGGCUAUUUCUCAGCACCAGCUGCUAGUAAAAGUCAAGUGCUUCGUGUACUUGGAAGUGUGCUGGAAUUAUGUCCUGAUGAGCUUUCAAAACUUGGCUUGGCAUCCAAUAGUCCAGACUCGAACCAGUCCCUGUCCGAGGCAUUCAUUCGAUUCUUGGAGAAUGAAUCCAGACCACAGCCAAAACUUCGACUACUUCCACAGACUCAAGAACAAGCACCAAGGGAGAGAUCCACUCCUUCACCCAGUUCUUCAAGUACUAGCUCAAGACGUUCACCACUGCUUCUCUCAGAAGUCCAUCUACCCACAUUCACACAGUUCCCUGCUGCUCGCAGUAGCAGCAGUAUACUCAAAGAUGUUCUCAAAGAGAGCUGACAGAUUCUUUACCCUCUAUCUCUGUAAAUAGUGAUUUGCUGUGGUUUUUAAUUUAAUGUAUAAAACAAGAGAUUUCACAGUUCUGUUAAUCCGUAUUUUCACAUCUAAGGAUGAGAUUGAAUUGAAUGUUCUAAAAUCAAGAAUAAAAUGUACCAUGUUGAAUGUGCUCAACUGUAAAUGAUAUUAAGCAUGAUUGAUGCUACAGAAAUGUGAAUUUUAUAUACUUACGAUUAAGAACAACUUCAUUCUGUAAUUAGACACUAUUGUAUAUUUUUGCUUAAGACACUGAUACCUUGUCACAACAUUCCUUGCUAACUGACACCAUGUGAUAAUAUCAAAGGUGAUAAUAUCAAUAAAACAAAUUGUAUUAAGUAUCAUAAA